AUGGACUCAAGCAAGAGGCCGCGAGGCCCUCCCGCUCCGAUAGCCUCGUCGAAGCGGCCGUUUCCCGCUCGCGGCGGCGGCGGCAGCGGAAUUCCCGCGUCGCGACGCGACGAGGAGGAAGGCGAGGCGAUGGCGGUAGGGACGGAGGAGGAAGAGGAGGAGGUCGAAGAAGCCAUGGCGAUCGGCGGCGACGCGGGAGGAGCGGAUAUGGAUGAGGACGAGGCGAUGAUGAUCAUGAUGGCGGAAGACGAGACGGAUUUGAUUCGGAGAGCGGAGCAGGCGGCGAAGGAGGAGGCCCGGCGGGUAGGACAGAUGGGUCGGCUGCAGCCGCUUUUAGCUAAGUGGCGGCGGCAGCCGGUGACGGAUUUCGACCCUAGAGCCACUGAUAUAGUGUUUCAGCAGCUUGACAUUGACUACUACUUGACAUCUGACUCACCCUUCAAAACUCAUUACAAGAGUUCAGCUGUGCUCCGCAUCUUUGGUGUCAACGAGCAUGGAAACAGCGUGUGUGCCAUGGUGCACGGCUUUCUGCCAUACUUCUAUGUGAUGGCACCGUCGCAAUUCACAUACGAUGAUGUUGCUGCCUUCCACACCCAACUCUCGGAAAGGGGUCAGGCGAAGGGAGUGGUUGUGAUAAAAGUGGAGAUGCUAAAAGCGCAGGGGCUGCUUUACUAUCAAGGCCCUGAUAAGAAGACAUUCCUUAAGAUCACACUCGCCCUGCCCACUAUGGUGGCUCCAUGCAGAGCAUACUUUGAGCAGGGGUUUGAGUGGAACGGGUUUCAAUUCCCCGCCACCACGUACGAGAGCAACGUGCUCUUUGCGCUGCGCUUCAUGAUUGACUGCCACGUCACCGGCGGCAACUGGAUCUCGCUGCCAGCUGGCACGUACCGCGUGCGCGAGGACACGCGGAAGCUGUCGGCGUGCCAGCUGGAGGUUGAUAUCCCCUAUACGGACCUAGUCAGCCAUGAGGGCACGGGCCAGUGGUCCCGCAUGGCCCCCUUCCGCAUCCUCAGCUUCGACAUCGAGUGCAGCGGGCGCAAGGGGCACUUUCCGGAGCCGCAGCACGACCCGGUCAUUCAGAUCGCCAACAUUGUCUCUCAGCAGGGCAGCACCGACCUGCUGGUUCGCACCGUGCUCACCCUCGGCUCGUGUGCUCCCAUUGUGGGGUGUGACGUGGUGGCAUUCGAGACCGAGCAGCAGCUGCUGCUGGCUUGGAAAGUGCGUGGGCUGGAAGGUGUGUGGAAGGAGCUUGUCCAGGCGACAGACCCGGACAUGAUAAUUGGGUACAACAUUCAGAAGUUCGAUCUUCCCUACUUGAUUGAGAGGGCAGAGAAGCUGAAUCUGAAGACCUUCCCCUUCCUUGGUCGGAUUCUCAACACCCAGCUCAAGAUGCGCGAUGCUCGCUUCCAAUCCAGGCAGUAUGGCACGAGGGAAACCAAGGAGGUGACACUGGAUGGGCGCGUACAGUUUGAUCUGCUGGUGGCCAUUCAGAGAGAGCACAAGCUCAGCUCCUACUCACUCAACUCCUCGGCUCACUUCCUCAACGAACAGAAGGAGGACGUGCAUCACUCUAUCAUCGCUGACCUUCAGAACGGAGACGCCCAGACGCGCCGCCGGCUUGCAGUCUACUGCCUGAAGGACGCUUACCUGCCGCAGCGGCUGCUGGAGAAGCUCAUGAUGGUCUACAACUACGUGGAGAUGGCGAGAGUUACUGGCGUUCCUAUAUCGUUCUUGCUUGCCCGAGGGCAGAGUAUCAAGGUUCUCUCUCAGAUCCUACGCAAGGCGAGGCAGCGAGAGUUGCUGGUACCCAACAUGAAGGUGCAGGCCGGGGCAGGAGCAGAUGCGACCUAUGAGGGGGCGACAGUGCUGGAGCCGAAGCAGGGAUUCUAUGAACGCCCCGUGGCUACUCUUGACUUUGCAUCGCUGUACCCGUCGAUUAUGAUGGCACAUAACCUCUGCUACUGCACUCUGGUUCAGAAGGAGCACGGCAUGAGGCCAUCAGACGACCAGAUAUCGCAAACGCCCACAGGGGACCUGUUCGUGAAGGCAUCAGCAGCCAAGGGCAUUCUGCCGGAGAUUUUGGAAGAGCUGCUGGCAGCGAGGAAGAGGGCAAAGGCAGACCUCAAGAAAGCCACGGAUCCCUUGGAGAAAGCAGUGCUGGACGGCCGACAGCUGGCACUCAAGGUGAGUGCCAACUCUGUCUACGGCUUCACAGGGGCUACCAUCGGCGCGCUGCCCUGCUUGGAAAUCUCAUCCAGCGUCACUGCUUAUGGGCGGCAGAUGAUAGAGCACACGAGGGCGUUCGUGGAGCAGCACUACUCCAUCGCCAACGGCUACUCGCACAAUGCUGAUGUGGUGUAUGGCGACACGGACUCCGUGAUGGUCAUGUUUGGCGUGGACACUGUAGAGGAGGCCAUGCGCAUGGGCAGGCAGGCUGCAGAGGAGAUUUCUGAUACAUUUCCUAAGCCAAUCAGGCUGGAGUUUGAGAAGGUGUAUUUCCCGUACCUGCUGAUCAACAAGAAGCGCUACGCUGGGCUGUACUGGUCCAACUCCAAGGCCUUUGAUAAGAUGGACACCAAAGCGAUACGCUACGCGGGGCUGUACUGGUCCAACUCCAAGGCCUUUGAUAAGAUGGACACCAAAGCGAUACGCUACGCGGGGCUGUACUGGUCCAACUCCAAGGCCUUUGAUAAGAUGGACACCAAAGGUAUCGAGACGGUUCGGAGAGACAACUGCCUGCUGGUCCGCCAGGUGGUGGACGAGUGUUUGCGGCGCAUUCUAAUGGAGCGGGAUAUUCCCGGGGCCGUGGCAUACGUGAAGGCUGUCAUCUCGGAUCUCCUUAUGAACAAGCUCGACCUUUCCCUUCUGGUUAUCACCAAGGCGCUAACCAAGGGAGGUGACGACUAUGCGGUCAAGGCGGCCCACGUGCAGCUAGCAGAGAGAAUGCGCAAGCGUGACCCCGCCACGGCACCAGGCAUUGGGGAUCGAGUGGCCUAUGUCAUCUGCAAGGCUCCCAAGGGCAGCAAGGCAUACGAGAAGUCAGAGGACCCCAUCCACGUGUUGGAGAACAACAUUCCCAUCGACCCGCACUACUACCUGGAGAACCAACUCAGCAAGCCACUGCUGAGAAUUUUCGAGCCCAUUCUGAAGAACGCGAGCAAGGAGCUGCUGAGUGGGGCGCACACGCGUGCCGUUUCCAUCUCCACGCCUUCGACAGGUGGCAUCAUGCGAUUCGCCAAAGUCCGCCUCUCCUGCCUCGGCUGCAAGACACCCCUCAGCGGCAAUUCCCAGACGCUGUGUGCGCACUGUAUGGAUCGAGAAGGCGAGAUUUACCAACGGAUCACAUCCAAUGUGCGGGAGUGUGAGGAGCAAUUUGGAAGGCUAUGGGUGGAGUGCCAGCGAUGCCAGGGCAGCUUGCACCAAGACGUGCUCUGCACCAGUCGAGACUGCCCCAUAUUCUAUCGGAGGAAGAAAGCACAGAAGGACGUGGAAGAGGCGCACGCUCAACUUGCAAGAUUCGACUUUUGA